UACUAGAAACGCGUACGAACAGGAAAUUCAUAUUCCAUUUUCAAUAAAACGGGGAAUUAAAAUAAAAACAAUUAGAAAUUAAAACAAAAUAAACAAAAAAUUCCAUUUGAAUCGUUUGUUUUUGUAUUGAAAAAUACAAAAUAUUUUUCGAACAUAAAUAAAUUGUUUGUGUAGUGUAGUGUAGUGUGGAAAAAUGAACAAUUUAAAGUGGAUGGGCCAUUCGGCCACAAUAUUAGAUAUACACAAAAAUCUACGAGCCGAUUUGAAGAGUUGUGAAGUGACUUUGGUGGCUAAGGGACACUGUGUUAAGGCCCAUCGUUUUGUUUUAUCAUCGUGUAGUGAUUUACUACGUUGCCUUCUAACGGAUGUGCCCAUUGGCCAGGAAUGUUGUGUAAUGGUGCCCGAUAUAAAAGGCCAUUUGUUGGACAAUGUAUUGGCGUUUAUAUAUUUGGGAGAAUGUUCCUUAUCCUCCACAAAUUUGUCCGAGUUUUUGGAAGCUAUCAAUAUAUUGGGCAUUAAAAGUGCCAUCAGUUUUGAGUGUAAUACAAAUGCUUUGCAGACAGCUCAAAAUAGCAGUCAGAACAGCAUCGCACUAGAUAGUAGUAACACAAUCAUGGCAGCUGCAACUAGUUCAUUGGCUAGUCGGCAAGUGACUGUGGGGAGUUCUACCGAAACCUUGCAUCAAGAAGAAAUAAUUGAAACACAAAGUAUAAUGCAUAGCGAUGCUCAUAAUAACAGCACAAGUACUGCAAAUAGUACUGGCGCUACAAGAGAACUAGACUUUUUGGAUGUGUAUCAUGAACCUCAACAUAAAAUUACCUAUUCCAUUGAACAUGUUCCAGGGUCUACGGCUGGUAAUGAAUUUAUUUUAACCGAAAACUCUGGCACUUUCACGCUAACACACAGUGGUAAAUUGGAACCGUCUUCAUCACCGGAAGAGUCCUCUAAUAUGGAAGUUACGGAAGAUGAAGGCUGUGAAUCCCACAUAAUAGAGGAAUACAGUAGUGGCGAUGAACCUUUAAUCCAUAUAGGUGAAACUGCACAAGAACAUCAUAGUGUAACAGUUGUGCAGUCAACACCGCAACAACAUCAGCCACAACAACAACCAACAACACCCCUUGUUACAACUGCAACCACUUCGAUACUACAAUUAAAACCAAAAAUGAAAAGUAUCAAGCUAAAACAUCAGCCAUCUACUCAACAGAUUAUAGCCAAAAUGGAACAACUUCCUGAAGAUACAGCGCACGACGAUCCCAUAUCGAUUUUGCAAGCAUCUAAUGAAAGUUUUACGCUGCUCAAAGAUGCCACCAUGAUGUCCCCAAGUAAUAAUAGUCACGACGAGUCCACAGAUUUUUCAAUGCACAACUCGAGCACAUCGGCUGCCGAUUUGGCCUAUCAGGCAAUGAUCAAUGAGGGCUUGUCUUUACCAAAAGCUGCCGUUAAAUUUAAUGUUUCCAAAGCAGAGCUCUGGCGUCGUGUGCGUAGUACGGGCGUUGAACAGCUCAACAAAUCAAUUAAGUUGGAUCCUGACAAGAUCGAUGUAAUAGAACUGGCCAGCAAGGCAGUCAUAAAUGAGGGCUUAUCACUUCAAAAAGCCGCCAUACGCUAUGACAUCUCGAAAACGGUGCUCUGGCGCAGGGUUCGAAAACAUCCGCAAUAUAUGAAGACAGCUCGAGAAAAUCCAAUUAUAUCAAAGGCAUACGAACGUUUAAAAUCUGGAGAAUCUCUUAAGAGCAUAUCACAAGAUCUAGAUAUACCCAUGUCAACUUUGCAUCGACAUAAGGUGCGACUGUCGCAAACUGGUCAGCUGCCUGACUUUGUAACGUGCAAAAAACGCGACAGCAUGUCCAAAGAUGAUCUUAAAUUAAAACUUGCGAAAGCAGUGCAUGCCUGCGUACAUGAAGGUAUGUCCCAAAAUCAUGCCGCUAAUUUAUUUCAAAUCUCCAAAAGCACAUUGUGGCGUCAUCUGCAAAAACGUGUAGCCGAAGCUGAGGCAGCCGAGACUGAGUCUAUGGGUGAUGAGGAUGAAAUUAAGCAAGAAGUCAUUCUUUCGUAAUCUGUAUUUGAAUUUAGAUAAACUACAUAAUUUUUUUUUAUUUCUGUUAUAUUGUAAGUAUUUUUUAACGAUCUCGAGAAUUUGAUUAAUAAUUUUCAUUUUCUGCAUUUUAAUAUCUACAAUAAAUUUUAAAUUUAACAACAUAGUUGAGGCUUAGAAAAUAUUUACUCUUUAAGUGGUUUCGAAAAAAUAUAUUCUCUAACUAAAAUCAUGCAAAUAGUUUAAUGUUGAACAUAUUUUAGCACUGAAUAUAUUUUUUGAGUAGUGACUGUUUUGCCUUAAGAGACCUAAAGCUACCAUUACACUAUCUGAAUCUAAUCAUUUUGAAGAAUGUUCAAAACCAUUUUAUUCAGAAGAUUCACCUUAUCUCUACAUUUAAGAGUUUUUCAGCUGAUAAACAGAUAGACCGCAUCUCGUUCUUUAAUUCAGAUGAGAACUGAGGUGGUGUAAAUGUACAUUUGGCAAUAAAAUAUAAAUACAUUUAUUACUAAGAUUGAUUUAUUAUUUUCUUAUUCAUACAUAAUUAGUAUAAGUAAAAUGCAUAAUCAAUUUGUUUUAUUAUCAAACUAGUUUACAAUGACACAAAUUGUAAUAGAAAUAGUGUAAGAUGUGAAUUUUUGAACAUACUAUAUGAGUUUAAAUAGUAUGUAAGCGUUAAUUUAUUAUUGUGAAGUCUGUAAAUAAUUUUUAAUUUAAUUACUUUUAUUUUUACUAUUAACAUAAAUACAUAUUUACCCCUUAAACAAAAUAAAACGAAAAUGAUUCGAAGUAGUAUUUCUUUUAAGAAUAAAUGUAGUGCCGCAACAAUCGUAUGCCUAUUGAGGAAAUUUUUCCGUUCGGGAAUGAGUGUAUGGCCAGGACGAUACUUCAAAGCAAUACGAUAAUAAUACUUUAAGGAUAUUUAAAAUAUUGCUUUGAUGAUGUUCUUUUAAAUUAUAAGAAAAUAUAUUGUGAAUAUUAAUUUUAAUUAGCUUAAGAUUUAAUAUUAAAUUUUAAAAAUAAAUUAAAACGUAUUAUAUUAAUAAAUAUAAAAGAUUUAAUAAAAUUUAAA